AAAAUAAAAUGGCGGACGUAUGGACGUAUUCAUCAGGGGAGACUUUUAGCAAAAUGUCAUUCAAGUGCAUUUCCAUUUAUUAUUGCUAUUGUUUUUUUGUGUCUUUGGACUGACCUAAUAUGACAUAUGGCUACCUAUAAAAAGAAAAACGUCGAUGAGCAUAAAAAUAAAGUUGCUGUACAAGAAAAUCCGACUGAAAAGCAAGGAAAACAUGGCAGACCCAAAACAGAAAAUCGCAAGAGGAAUGAAUUUUUUGAACAAGUCGACUCUCUUAACCGCGAAUAUAAUUCCUUGGAGAAGGAAAGAAAUACUUUAAUGUUCAGUCGUCGCAGUGACUUCAGGAAAGAAUAUUGCAGCUUUGAAGAUUCAGAUGUAAAGUCUUUAAAUGAGAAAACAGCUGAAAAACAACACUUGAAGCAACAACUUGGCAAGAUAAGAGGGAGUGUGAGCAAGUUUCAAAGAGAGCUACUAGAUGUCAAGCCCUCACCUUCAUUUGUUCAAAAAUUAAAAGACAUGAUGGAGGAAAUUGAAAGUUCUAUUAUGGCAUUCAAAGAACAGCAGCAAAAAAUCUAUGACGGUUUGAUUCAAGAAGAAAAAUCAACUCAACAAGAGAUUACUGCAAUGGAAAAGAAAUUUGAUUCAUGGUGUCAAUUACCAGCUCCUUCAACAGUUGCUGCCAAUGUUAAGAGGACAACAAGCACUGUAACAGCAUCUCUACCACCUGCGGUAGCUGCAUUUGAGAAAUUCUUGGUACAAACAGGAGGGCACCAAGGUGGAUGGGAUGAUUAUGACAAUCAGCUAUUCCUAAAACUAAAGGCUAAGUACAAGAACAAUGAGACCUUUCUGCGGAUGGCAGGAUCAGCAAUUCCUGGGAAGAAUUUUGAUGAAGUCCGACAGCAUAAUGAAUGGUUUAUUCAAUACCUAGAGCUGAAGGAAAGCAAGAGGAAAGCUAUUCUUGAAUGGAAGCAAAAUAAAAAGGAAGAAAAAGAUGACUCGUUUAUGAAAACAGAAGAGACGGAAGAAGAUGAUCAGAUUAAAAAAAAGAAUGAAAAGCUAGAAAACGAACGUGCUGAACGUUUAUCUAAACUCGCUGAGUACAAAGCACAGAAAGAAUUAGAGAAGGCUAAAUUACAGGAACAACAAUUCCAAGAAGAAAUGAAUAAGAUGAAAGAAAGAGAGAAAGAAGAGAAAAAAAGACUGGAAUUGAAAGCACAAGUUGAAGAGUAUGCUCGCUGUCGAGCUGAAGAGGAAAAAGUUAUGCGAGAAGCAGAGGAGGCUAGGAAAGCACAACUAAGAAAGGAAAGUAAACCAAGCACCGAAGAAAUCAACCGGAUAAGAGAAAGAAAUACCAAAAUACUUAAAGAAAAACAAGCGGUGAUAAAAGCAAAAGAGGAAGAAAUCAAGGAAAAAGAAAGACGACUUCGAAAAUUGAAAAGUCAAGUGGAGGUGAAAGCGGAACGAGACCCAUCUCGUCUUUACAAACUAACACGUGGUUUAGAAGAAAGAAGGAAAGAAUCAAAAGAUGGUUCGGGGGCCAAGGGGCCAAUGCUGCACAUGCCACACAGGUACUAACUUGCCGAUGAAAAUGUUUGCUAUACGUUUUGCUAUGCUAUCACGUGUGAGUAGAGUAGUAUAGGGA